AAAAUUCCAAAACCAAAGAUAGAUUCCUCAAUUAACCUUCAAUAUAAUUCACUUGUCUCCUCAAAUAUAUACAGCAAUAUAAUGGCUCCUGUAGCAAGUAGUGUUCCUGUUAAGGUUGGGCACAUCGAUGACGUCCAGGAACUGAGAAAGACUAAACCAUCUUCUAUUCCUGAAAGAUUUGUGAGGGACAUGACAGAAAGAGCUUCUUCUGUCGUCACUCCUUCCUCCUCUUCAUCUCACCUCAACAUUCCCCUCAUUGAUUUGCAAAACCUCUUCAACAAUUCUCCACAGUUUCUUGCUGAGCUAUCCAACCUCUCUGUUGCCUGUCAACAAUGGGGCUUCUUUCAAGUAAUAAAUCAUGGGAUUGAGUUGAGGUUGCUUGAGAAGAUGGAGAAAGUGGCGAUGGAGUUCUUCAUGUUGCCUUUGGAGGAGAAGAAGAAAUACCCAAUGGCCCCUGGAAGUGUGCAGGGAUAUGGGCAGGCUUUUGUUUUCUCAGAACACCAAAAGCUGGACUGGUGUAACAUGUUUGCUCUUGGAGUUGAACCUCAUUUCAUCAGGAACCCUAAACUAUGGCCAACAAAACCAGCUGAUUUCAGUGAAACAUUGGAGGCAUAUUCAAGAGAAAUAAGGAAAUUAUGCGAGAAGUUGUUGAAGUACAUAGGGAGGAGUCUGGGAUUGAGUGAUGAGGAUGUUUUUGAGAAAAUGUUUGGAGUGAGUGUCCAAGCAGUGAGGAUGAACUAUUAUCCAGCAUGCCCUAGACCAGACCUGGUUUUAGGACUCAGCCCCCACUCUGAUGGCAGUGCCCUUACAGUGUUGCAACAGGGAAUCUGCACCACACUUGAUGAAGGCCUUCAGAUACUUAAAGAUGACACAUGGCUCCCUGUCCACCCUAUCCCAAAUGCCCUAGUCAUUAAUAUUGGUGACACUAUGGAGGUCCUAACAAAUGGAAGAUACAAGAGUGUGGAGCAUAGGGCAGUGACACACAAAGAAAAGGACAGGCUUUCCAUUGUCACAUUUUAUGCCCCAAGCUAUGAAAUAGAGUUAGGGCCAAUGGAGGAACUGGUGAAUGAAGACAACCCUAUCAAGUACAGAAGAUACAAUCAUGGAGACUACAGCAAACACUAUGUAACCAACAAGCUUCAAGGCAAGAAAACCCUCGAAUUUGCCAAGAUCCAUCAUUAACAACUAAUCAUUAUAUUGUUUUCUUAUUUCAUGGAAAUGAUAUGAUGGACUCUUCAUUCCAAUAAGAUCGAGAUCGAAUAUAUAUGCAAUGCCAGACCGCGUUUUACUCUCAAUCUACUCUGAAUUUAAUUUAAUUUGUAAAACUUAAAUAUCCAAAUUAUAUUGUAAGUAGAACAGUAGUAGCAGUAGGCAUGCAAUUUGAAUUGCUUGAUUUAGUGGUGAAAGAACUACUGUACUUUUGUAUGAAUCAAUAAUGGAAUCUUGUGGAGUGUUUUGUGCAGA